GUUCACGUCUCUUUUCUGAAAUCACUUCAUUAGCCUUCAGCACUUCUAACACAACUUCGAAGUAAUGGCUGCCGAAUCAUUAUCCUUGGCCGGAAAGGUCGCCAUUGUAACUGGCUCUGGCCGUGAGAACGGCAUCGGCGCCAGCAUAGCCAGGGCAUUGGCUCGGAACGGCGCAUCUGUCACCGUGAACUACGUAUCAGAUCAGUCGGCCUCCCGCGCCGAAAAUGUCGCACAGGAAAUUCGAGACCUAGGUGCUCGAACAACCAUAGUACAGGCCGGCGUUGAGACUCAGGCUGGAGCUGCCAAGAUUGUUACAGACACCCUGAAGGCAUUCGAUACCGACCAUGUUGAUAUCCUUGUCAACAAUGCUGGAUUAGGCAGCUUCGGUCACUUACUAACCAUGGCCCCCGAGCAUCUCCAGCGCGAGUUCUCCGUGAAUGUCUUUGGAACUCUCUUCAUGACCCAGGCCGUCGUCACUCAAGGAAAGAUGCCCCGUGGCGGUCGCAUCAUAAAUAUUGGGUCAAUAAUGUCCCAAAUGGGCCCAGAAAAACUUGGCGUCUAUGCUGCUACAAAGGCAGCUACGAACUCUCUCACUGCGACGUGGGCUUGGGAGCUUGGACGCACUCACGGCAUCACGAUCAACACUGUAGCACCAGGGCCCGUCAUUACGGAUAUAAAUGCCGAAGCGUUUGGCGAAAAGCCGAUGGACAAAGAGACGUUAAAUGCCCGUUACUGCGCACAGGCCCGUGCCGAAGAACGUAUAGGCACAACUGAAGAUAUCGCUGAUGUCGUACUUCUCUUGACCUCUGAGAAGAGCCGUUGGAUCACGGGACAGAUGGUUUCAGUCGAUGGUGGCUUAACCGUUAAGUAGAAGAGCGGCGAUGUCGGAUUUCUGUCAAAGAGGAUGGUGAACGGGAUAUGAAGACCCAACCUUCUCCUUUUAUAAAGACUAUGGCUCAUUUCAGAACCUUUUGAAGUGCUUCAACGUAUAUAACGCGCCUGAUCUGACUUCUUGUCAGUUCAUCUGGCCGUGCUCUGGUGGUCAUCUAUGACAGCAUGUGAAUGAGCAGCAUGAUCAGCCACUGAAAUGGAUAGUUUUACAGUAGUUCUUCAAUAUUUUCCUAAGGUGACAUGAAGCCCAUCCGAUUCUACCGUGUUGACAAAACCCAUGUUGCUGAUGAUUUUACUACUCUCAUUCCCCCCCUGGAGUGCGCACAGCCGAUUACUUUAGCGACUUCACCUCCUCCUCGUGCACCCCUCCAGGCGCAAAUGCAUACGCAUCCACACGAGCUUUGGAGAACUGGCGUGUGGAUACAUUGUUGCGAAACAGAAUAUCUAGCUCUUCGUACGUGCGACCUUUGAUUUCAGGG